CUAAGCGUUUCGGUGCGAUUUUUAUAUACUUUCAACUUUUCGGGUUCCGGAUCGGAUUUAGGAGAUCAUGGCCGAUGAGAAGGAGCACGCUGGAUCGCCGGUGGAGGAUGAGCCAUCACUGUUGGAGAAGAUAGGCGACAAGAUCCACGUCGGUGAUCACGAUUCGUCGUCUUCCUCGUCUUCCGACUCGGAUAACGAGAAAUCGGAGAAGAAGACCGAGUCGGUGAAGGCCAAGGUUUUCCGGAUUUUCGGCCGUGAGAGGCCGGUUCACCAUGUGCUCGGCGGUGGAAAGCCUGCUGAUGUGUUCUUGUGGAGAAACAAGAAGGUUUCGGCUGGAGUUCUCAUCGGAACCACAGCCAUCUGGGUCCUCUUCGAGUUGCUUGAGUACCACCUGCUUACACUUGUUGGCUACAUUCUGAUUUGUGCCCUGGCAAUCUUGUUCCUCUGGUCCAAUGCCCAUGCGUUUAUCCACAAGACUCCCCCUCAUAUCCCGAAAGUUCACCUUCCUGAAGAACCAUUCCUGCAGGUUGCAUCUGAGCUGAGAGUUCAAAUCAACUGUGGAUUUGCACUGCUUCAUGAUAUUGCAUCUGGGAGAGACUUGAAAAAAUUCCUCGCUGUUAUUGCUGGCUUGUGGGUUCUGUCUGUUGUGGGCAAAUGGUGCAACUUCCUGACAUUGUUUUACAUAUGCUUUGUUUUGCUGCACACCGUGCCCGUCAUUUAUGAGAAGUACGAAGACAAGAUCGACCCGCUUGCAGAGAAGGCGACUAUCGAGUUCAAAAAGCAGUAUGCCGUGUUUGAUGCCAAGGUUUUGAGCAAGAUUCCGCAUGGUCUAAAAAGCAAGAGGUCUUAGAAAGCUUGGGGUGUUAUGUCGUGUUCUAAAGCUCUAGGAUUCGUAGUUAAGCUUCCCUUUCUGUUCAAGUGUUUUGGGUUUGUAAUUUGAAUGACUAUACUCGUGUGGUCUAGUUUCGAGAAUUAGGUUCCGUUCUUGUGCUUAUACAUAAUCGUGGGAAGCCAUUAAAACCUUACCCAUAUUUCAAUUAUGAUGACCUUAUGUUAUUCAAUGCUGCUAUACAUCGUCGGUUAAUGUAUGAACUGUUAUGGUAUAUAUAUUAGUUCAUGCUUGAUUCUC